CCGCUCACUCGCUCGCCAACGCUGCUGCUGGCCGCUACGUGUCCGCUCCGCUUCGUUUCGGCCCGUUCUCCAGAAUCAUUCUGACCGUUUUGCGCGAUCUCAGCCAGUGGAUAAUAAGCCGGCGGACGGCGAUAAUAGCCUCCGUUCGAGCGUGAAUGUUGUCGAGUUCAAAAACCAAUGUGUCGCGGCGAGGGAUAAAGCUAAGGAAAGAGAUCUCCCAAAACAAAUAGCAAAGAUCGUUGCAAUAGAGUGUAUUUUUCUGUGCCAGUGUAUCUGUGACGCUCACAUAGCAGUGUAACCAAAUAGAAAAUAAGAGUAGAAAUACUCGGCGAGCAAAUUGAGUAAACAAACAAGUUUAGCAGCCAACGAAACAGCGAAAAUCCAGUCGGAAAGGAAAUGUAGACCGGGCAGGCCGAACUCGGAACGAAUCCUGCAACCGCGAAUGUCACUCCUAGGAAAGCCGCUGAACUACAACCGCGGCACCCGCCGCGAUGUUCGCUACCGGCGCCUCCAGAGUCGCCUGUACAACUUCCUGGAGCGGCCGCGCGGCCUUCACGCCAUCUUCUACCAUGUGAUGGUAUUCCUGAUGGUGUUCACCUGCCUGGCGCUCAGUGUGUUUUCCACCAUCAAGGAGUACGAAGAGGACGCCGUCUACAUCCUGUUCCGCAUGGAGAUCCUGGUGGUUAUCUGGUUCACAAUGGAGUUCGGAGCUCGACUCUGGUCAUCGGGCUGCCGAUCGCGAUACCAGGGAUGCCUGGGUCGACUGAAGUUCGUGAAGCGACCAUUCUGUAUUAUAGAUAUUGUCACCAUUUUAGCCUCAAUUGUAGUAUUAGGAAUGGGCACCUCGGGCCAGGUGUUCGCCACGAGUGCUUUACGUGGACUCCGGUUCUUUCAGAUCCUUCGGAUGGUGCGCAUGGAUCGGCGGGGCGGCACCUGGAAGCUGCUCGGUUCGGUUGUAUACGCACAUAGGCAGGAGCUGAUCACAACCAUGUACAUAGGGUUCUUAGGUCUAAUCUUUGCAUCAUUCCUGGUCUAUAUGUGGGAGAAGGACGUCAAUGAUAAGUUUAGCAAUUUCGCCCAAGCCCUCUGGUGGGGUGUGAUCACACUCUGCACGGUGGGCUAUGGAGAUAUGGUGCCGAUCACCUGGCAGGGCAAGCUAAUUGCUUCCUGUUGUGCCCUUCUGGGAAUAUCCUUCUUCGCCUUGCCUGCGGGCAUCCUGGGCAGUGGUUUCGCUCUGAAGGUCCAGCAGCAGCAGCGGCAGAAGCACAUGAUUCGGCGUCGCCAGCCAGCAGCCACUCUCAUCCAGGCCGUGUGGAGAUGCUAUGCGGCCGACGAGCAUUCCGUAUCGGUGGCUACGUGGAACAUCCACCGGGUGGCCCUGCCCAGUCCGCCAGCUUCUUCUGAAAACUGGGAGCGAUUAUUAAAAAACAUAACUGAAUAUAGACGGGCGUCCUCCAGCUUCAAGCACAACACGUCCUUCGUGGCCCGACUGCCCACCAUCCGGAGGCACAAAAGCCAGACGAUCCAGACACCGGGAGGAGGCGACGGCGGAGGAGUGUCCAAGCCGCCGGGCUCAACGAGGGCAUCUACGAGGUACACCCGCACCAUCCGGGACAUAAAUGCGUCCGUGGAGAACCUGGAGGUAGUACAAAACGGCAAAUCCAUGAAUCCAAGUUUCAGUGAAGAUUCAGUUGCUGAAACCACUUGCUUAAAAAAUAUUAAAAAUUCAGACGCCAGCCAUCCCGCGACGCUGGGCAACUGCAAGCUCAGCUUGAGCGCCGGUUCCCUGGCCCAGUUUCCUGAUCGCGAUCAGGAUUGUCGAGGGCAAGGCGAAGGGGAAGGGGAUCAGGCUGAGGAGCGGGCCAAGGCCGGUGGUUCCAGGAGAAACCUUACCAUUCCGGUGGUGCUCUACGGUUUUCUGCACGGCAACUUCUUGGGCUCGACGCUUUCUCUGCGCAAUCCACGUGUGGCUCCCGCCAACGAUCAGGAUCUAGAAGCUGGCCGGGAGGAGGAUGAGGUCCGCAAAGAUACUUGCCAGCGGAGCAACACCUUGCCGCUGCCCGUCAAGCCAGGCAGUCCCAGUGGUAGCCCGGGAAGUGGUCGUACGGGUCGCUUCUUUGCGGCCGCAUCGCACUUUCUGGAGACCGGAUUCAGCAACCCAAAUCCAACCAUCGACGUGGCAACUAGCAACCAAAACCUAACGCACAAGCCAAUCUCUCUGAUUCACAAAUUGCCCGCAGAUGAGGAGGACGAGCCGCGCUGCACGCAGCUAACCAACCGGCACAAAACCGCCAUCAGGUUCAUACGCAAGCUCAAGUACUUUGUGGCUCGGCGAAAAUUCAAGGAGGCCUUGAAACCCUACGACGUCAAGGAUGUCAUGGAGCAGUACGCAGCCGGUCACGUGGACUUGCUGGGUCGCGUUAAAAUGCUACACUUGCGCCUGGAUCAAAUCCUGGGCAAACAAGGGUCCAAGGCCAAGGAUGUAUAUGCAUCCAAAAUAAGCCUAGCCUCCCGCGUGGUUAAAGUCGAGCGGCAGGUCGCUGAUAUCGAAGAGAAGCUAGACAUUCUGAUCAAGGCUUACAUGGAGGAUCGUGAUAGAUUCCUGGCUCUUCCGCUGCCAGCCAAGCCCAAAAUACAUUCCAUUAGUCCUAGCCACAAGCCCCUGCACCACGCCCACAACCUGGCGAUGAUCGACGUGUGGAAACGGACAGCGGCACUCAGUGUGCAUCCGGAGCAGGUGACCACCACACCCUUGCUGAAUCCCUCGGCGCCAGACAUCACCGAACUGCAUUCCCUGACAGCCACACAAACGCCUACCACCACAACCGAUGCAAUCGCCACACAAACCCCCAUGCCGCCGCAUGUGCAGCAUACAGCGACCAAUACAAAGUCUUCCGUGCUAAACUCAUAUCAAUUGGGGUCUGAGAAGCAGCAGCACAAUGAUGUUUUUAUGACUGAAUUAGAGAAUAGAACCAAAAAACGUGUUACGUUAAGCCUUCAUAGAUCAACAUCGGAGCCGUAUAGCAAGCAGGAGCAACGGAUCACUAUACCCGAUGAGGGAGCCGAUUCCCUGGACAGCAGUGCAAAGCCAACGCCGCCAGAUAGUUCAAUUAUAUUAAUCGAUGAGUACGAGGACUUCGAGGAGGAAGAUCUCAACUGUGAGGGCGAAAUGGAUCAUUUCCCCACCUGGGAGAUCGACAGUGAUAUUGGCGUAGAAGUGGAUGUGGACGCGGAUGCCGAUGGCGAUGGCGACUGUGAUGAGUCCACCGAGGACACGGCUCUGCUGCAGUGUGCCACGCGCACCGCCAUCGUUAUAACACCAAUCAGCCCAGUAAGCUCCGCACACAAUCUUCAGCAAUUAAAUGACCAAACACCAACGCUUAAUAAAUCGAAUUUGCUUCCGCCAGACUCUGGCUAGUUAAAUGCAAUUGAAAUUAGCUAAACGUUGCUAUUACAUUAUCACUAGAAUUAUAUAUUAUAUACUAUGGAAUGCAUAUUAAUGUCAUUUUGGGACAUCAGUUGUGUUCAAUUAACUGGUAGCAAACAAAUGAAAAUCAAACUAAAUAAAUAAAUCUGUUUUAGCAGCAAAUCUUACCGAAA